GACUUCUCCUGCCCCGUUCAAGGCUCCUCCUGGCACGUCUGCUACGAGAAAGAUAGCUCCCACUUUGUCGGCUGCUGUCGAACCGAUCCAUGCGCGAAAGGCUGCCCCGACGGCGCCCUCGAACCCGCGAGUUUCCCCGCGGAAGAGCACGACAAACUGGGCGACCAGUUCUGCCAGGUGGGCCAAUGGUAUACCUGCACCGGGACGCACCCGCCCUUCGUAGGAUGCUGCGUGAGCGACCCGUGCAAGGCCAAAGGAUGUCCGAAGAAAGAUUUGCGCGCGGGGCAAUUAUCGCAGAAUGCGGCGCAGGCGGCGGCGUUCUUGCCGGCGGGCGUCUCGAUCGUGCCCGUCGCGGGUCCGUCCGUGACGAAAGCUAGCGAUCCGUCCGCGACGAAGGCCAGCAACCCAGCCAACGGCAAAGCCAACGGCUCCAAACUCCGCAUCAUCGCCGGUUCGGUCGUCGGGGCCGUCUCAUUCCUCCUCCUCGUAGUCUGCGCCAUCAUCUACUUCAUCCGACGAAACCGAAAACGC